UGAGGCAUACAGGGCAGAAGGCUUCAGCGUCUGUACCUGGGCGGCUUUUAGAAGCUUUCACUUACCGGCCUGUAUGAUGCUGUGCGUAGAAAAACUCAGCAGUCUUAGAGUUACGUCCGACAAUGGCGGUAUCCAUAUAAGAUGGAGUAGGUGUACUUGGCUCCCAAAGCUCAGCCUCAACCCUUGCUCACCACCCGAGCAUGUCGACUGUCGCUCUGCAGCAGAACCAAGCUGUACUACUGCAAACCUUUGCCACACCUGGUGGCAGAGCUUCAACACGUCGAGUCACUCCGCCUUUCCGCAGCCCAACUUCGCCGUUGAGUCUUCGCUCGGAGUCCUCUGGGUCCACCGCAGUCGCCUCCGGCCAGUUAUCUCCAAAUACAGAUUCAAAUUGUAGCGGAGCUCCUUCCGUGGUCAAUGCCCUCAAAAUUGUGCACAUCGCACCUCAAGAUGUCGAAGAACUGAAGUACCAUCGGUCCAUCCACUAUCCCUCAGAUCCCGAUAAAUCCGUAGUCAACUACAUUCGGCCAUUGCAGACAUCCUUUGACCGGGAAACAGACCUAGCGAAUUGGACUGAAAUCCGGGGUGGGAAGCCGUACUUUCAUGACUCACAGAGAUCGUUGCUUACUCGCACAGAUCUCUACGACGAAGAUAGCGAUAACCUUGUGUAUAUUGAGACUGCGGCGAAGACUUUGUACGACCGCCUCGAGGACGUUCGAGCCCGUGUACCUGAGGACACGGAAGUAGUGCUGUGUAGGACAUGGUCUAACGAAGAAGCUGGAUAUGUUGUCGGUUACUAUCUGGCGAGCAUGUCCAAGCAAGCUGUCUUUUGGUUCGAUCCGCUGGAGGAUGAAGAGUCAAUGAUUGGUACAUACCUGGUCACGGACUCUGGGAGCCGUUGUGUCGUUUCGCAGCCUCACCUUGGACUGGCAGUCAAAUGGCAAUUCUGGUUACAUGUCGAACUCUUUCCUGGUCACCGUGCCCUGUCGCGAGAUGCCCAGCAGGAGCUCAAGCGUGCCUUCGAUUUCGGCCAGUGUGACGCAAUCACAUCGCAGAAUUCGAUGUUCCCGUACGAUCCGGAUACCGCCACGCGCUUGUCGAAAUGCUUCAAGAGCAUCACUACCGAUAAGGCCAACGGAGCAGGGACUUUCAUCGCAGCACGGCUACUCGGCACAAUAUAUCGAGAGCGAUUCAUGGCUUUCUGGGGAGAGCCCGGUGCUAGGUUGACCCGCAGCGAAGGCGCACUAGAAAAGGAUACCGAGAAACGACACUCUUGGUUCCUGAUAUUGGUGUCGCCUAUAUUCUUCUUUAUGCCCUUCCUCUAUAUGCAGGAGUUCGAGGGGCUCUAUGUGGACAAGACGGUCCACUACUAUCCAUGGCGCGUGUUCAUCGAAGGCCUCAAGAAGGAUUGGGAAAACUCCAUUACUCCCGCGACAGUACUGAUUGCCACGAAUAUCAGCUUCUUAUCGAUCAAUAGCAUUGACGGAAAUGGCGGCCCGCGAAAAAGUACUGCACAGAUCAUGAGCUACAUCUCGACUAUUCUGGCGGCCUUCAUAUACAUCGUCUGCCAGAUUUUGCAGAGGCACCAUCGGCACCAUAUCCACGGGCAGGCAACAGAUGCGCUCAAAUAUAUCUCCAGGAGGUCUGAACGACUAAUCGGAAUGGAGGCAAUAGCCAUCGCAUUCAGUAUUCCAACUGCAUUGUUCCUAUGGAGCAUGCUCACCUUCCUUGCCGCCAUGAUGACCGUCUUCUUUGACGAUACCACUUUCCCGACGCGGAUUGCUCUGGGAGUGCUGCUCGGCCUGAUGUUCAUGGUCCUGGUACUGCUAUUGUACCUGGAGUCAGAGGGCUCGGCACGCAGCACGUUCGACAGCUUCCGUCUGGCCAAUAUGGUCUUCAACGCGGUCUCCGCAUGGUGGAAAGCUCGCUUGCCGAGCUUCAGCAAGCCGACUUCUGCUGAUGAUGAUCGCGUGGAAGAUGAGCAAAGCUCGAGCGGUGCUGCUAGUGCACCGUCUAGAGCGAGCAUUGCGGGACAAGUGCGCCGUGUACGACGUUGGCUAAAAUGGAGUAGGGAGCCAGCCCCUAGCCCUGUCUAGGAUCGACGAGCCCUCCAACUUUCUCGAGUAUAGAAAUCUCGCAUACACGUCGUUCAAAUUGGUUAUGACUUAUAAACGUCAACUGUUAUACCUUGAUACCAAUGUCUUCGAAGAUAAUAAUGCUUUUAUCGAGUUCAAAGCCCGUAAUACACUCGAAGUAAUUU